AUGGAGAAACUAACAACUGGAUUCGAUCUAAUAUCUAGAGAUGAUGAAGAACAGUUAACCUAUAGUCAUAAAAAGAAUAAUUCUCAUUCAACUGGUUUGACUACACUGUCUUUUACAAAUGAAAUAAAUCCAGAGUUAUUACCACCAGUUUUAACAGUAACAAGUCCUACUGAUAGUAAACCCUAUAGUAUAGAUUUAUCAUGUAAUACUCAUAAAAUUGAAGCAAAAGAUGAAGAGGAUAUGACCACUAGAAAACGAUAUCAAUUAUCCGUUGAUUUAGGAUGUUCAAGUUAUGAUACUGGUAGUAAAUUAAGACGAUAUAGUGAUCAAGGUGGUACUAGAAUAUCUCCUAUGAACUCACAUCUUUCUUUAUCUUCACCAUAUAAACGACGAAGUUUAUAUAAUAUUACUACAAAUUCACAUAAUCAUGAUUAUUAUAAGACAAAACUUUAUCCACCGACAAGAACAAAGAAUACUUCUUCAUCUAAUGUUGAUCUUUUAGCUGAAGCUAUAUUACAAAUGCAUGGUACAUUGAAGUUUCCAGAAAAUGAUCUAAUUCCAAAGUCAAAGAUUGAUUGUCGUCGUUCAACAUUAGGAUGUUCAGCAGUUAACUGUUUCCCUAUAAAGUUAACUAAUACACCAAAAAAGUUAUUUGUUCAUGAGGAUACAGAAGUUUAUAAAUUAGCCGAUAAUCAAAAACAACUUUCUACUUCAAGUAAUCAAAAUGGAUUACUCUCUACUACUACUACUACUACUACUACUACUACUGCUACAUUGAAUUCUCGAAGAAAUUCUGAAUUUAUUAAGAAUAAUCAUGAAUGGAAAUUAUUUACACCAAAUGAAGGUUCUCUGAUGAAAUCAUCAUAUAAAAAUGCAUCAAUACACUUUGGUAAUGAUGAGGAAAAGAUUAAAUCGUUUGAAGGUUAUAAACAUCAAAGUAAUGAAAACCAUUUCAUAAAAUGUCAUCCAAUGAAAUUAGAUAUCUCCAGUACUAAUCAUGGGAUUAGUCGUCUAACAGAAAAUCAACUUAACAAAUCUCCAGAAUCAUUGAAUACAAUCUCCUUGCAUGUACCUAAAUUACCUUUAAUAAAAAGUAGCCUAAGUAAUGAUGGUGAACUUUCUCAACGGAUAAGACGUGUUUCAAUGAUGCUACAGAAUAGGCAAGACAGUACAACACAAUCAGCUAGUCAACGUAGUGAUAGUGUGGAUUAUAACUUUCCUAAACUAAUUGAUUCUAAAUGUUCAAUGAUUCCACUGAAAAAGAAUAUGAAAGAUGAUAUAUUGAAGGUGAGAACCAUUUCUCAAGAUACUGAUAGUUAUUCAGACAGUCCAGUGAAAGUAAACAAGACCUUUGAUCAUGGUCAUCUUAAUCCACUUGAAGAUAAUUUAAUAAUUAAUAAAGAAAUACAAAAAAAUGAUUAUAAAAUUAGAAAUAACUUUAAUGAUAAAAAUAUAUUACUGAAGAAUAAGUAUAAAAGAGAACGUCGACUUACAGAGAAAUUAUCUAAAGGGAUUGGAUAUCAUCUUGGUAGAAGGCGUCGACUUCUUGAAAGUAGAAGAAGAAUGGCUGAUUUUGCACUGGCUUUCAGUAUAUUUGGAAUUAUUGCAGCAUUCCUUGACAUUGAAUUUAUUUCUCGUUCAUUGUAUCAUAAAAACAGUAUCUAUUCAAUGAUUAUGCGUAUACUGAUCAGUUUUUCAACUGUUAUCCUUCUUCUACUCAUCAUCUCUUAUCAUACUUAUGAUAUUAUGGUAUUUUUAUGCGAAGAAUAUACAAAAGACUGGCGAAUAUGUGUAACAAAGUAUAGAGUUAUACAAAUUGUUACAGAGUUAUUUAUUUGCUCAAUUCAUCCCUUUCCUGGUAUUGAUUUAUUCUAUGAUCGUCAAUUCCCAGUGACUAAUUUCAUAAAUUAUAAACGAAAUCAUCCACUUCAUCAUUUAGAUGAUCAUUUUAGUCCAUAUUUACUGUUAAUUUUACCAAUGUUAGGUCGACUUUACUUAGCAUUACGUGCAUUACUCUUACACUCAAGAAUGUUCAAUGAUGCUGGAUCACGAAGUAUUGGAGCAAUGAAUAAGGUCAGCUUUGAUCUACAAUUUGUACUGAAAACGUUGAUGACUUUGUGUCCUGCAAAAGCUUUGCUUAUCUUUAUUACAACCAUCUGGAUUAUAUUUAGUUGGACGUUAAGAGCAUGUGAACUUGAACAAGGAGAAAAUCAUUUAAGUUUGCUGAAUUCUGCUUGGCUUAUAUCUGUGACAUUUUUAAGCAUUGGAUAUGGUGAUAUAGUUCCACACACCAGUUGUGGUCGUUUAAUUGCUGUCGCCACUGGCUUAAUGGGUUCUGCAUGUACUGCAUUAUUGGUCGCUGUAUUUUCAAGGAAGUUGGAAAUGACAAAAGCUGAGAAACACGUCCUACAUUUCAUGGAAUCCAGUAAAUUAAGUAAAAAGGUAAAACAUUGUGCUGCAAAUGUGCUCAGAGAGACAUGGUUGCUGUAUAAACAUGCAAAACUUAUGCCAACGUUUAAUUCACGUCGAGUGAGAACACAUCAAAGAAAAUUUCUUCAAGCUAUUUACAGAUUAAGAACAAUGAAAGUAAGACAGAGAGAACUCCAAGACAAAUCGAAUUCCUUGGUAGAUUUAGCAAAACUACAAACAAAUGUUUAUGAACGGGUCGCCGAAAUUUCGUUACAUCAAGAAGAUUUCCAAAAUCAACUAACUAAUAUUGAAGAAAUGCUCAAAAAUGUACAGAUAUAA